AGGCCUGACCACCAGACACAGGCUGCAGUGGUUCUGUAGAUUAACAGCAGGGUAACGACACCAAAUAUUUACAGCUAUGAUGAACAAAUUUAUGUGUUUUUGUGGUUUGCUGCUGGAUUUUAUGACAGUAAACUGCCGUGUUGUCAUGCAGGGACGUAUAGUAGGCGGCUAUACUGCAGCACCGAACUCCAUCAAAUACAUCGUGUCCCUGCAGAGCACCAGGGGCCAACACUUCUGCGGUGGAUCACUGGUUCACAAGUACUGGGUGCUGACUGCAGCACACUGCAACAUCGGCGCAGAGCACAUGAUGAUAGUGGCAGGUGACUACACUGUAAAUACCUUUGAAGGAACUGAGCAGUAUGCCAAACCGUACAGACUGAUCACCCAUCCCCUCUACAACAGGAGCACCAACAACGCUGACAUCAUGCUCAUAAAGUUGCGGGCCCCCUUUGUGCUGAACAAAUACGUGUCGCUGGCGCCUCUUCCCAGACAGGGGACAGGUGUGGUCGAAGGUCGGGUGUGUCGGGUGUCUGGGUGGGGCUACAACAGUCUGGGCCCAGGCCAGUCUCCCUUCACUCUGAGGACGGUCACUGUGCCCAUUGUUUCAACUGCUAGAUGUAACAGCAGCGAAUCCUUUAAUGGCAACAUCACAGCGAAUAUGAUCUGUGCUGGAUACAGGACAGGAGGAAAAGAUGCAUGCAAGGGAGACUCUGGUGGGCCACUUGUGUGUGGCGGGCGCGUCUAUGGUGUGGUCUCCUGGGGCAAUGGCUGCGGUGACGCAAAGUUUCCCGGAGUGUACACGGCGGUGUCCAAGUUCCGCCGGUGGAUAGAUCAAACCAUCUAUAGGUCCUACUUACGCUGCUCAAGAUACUGAAGAAAAUGGCAGAUGUUACAAUUCCUUAUAGAUGCUUUAAGUAUAAAAUAAAUCUUUCUGUCUUACUUCAUCUUUUAUAUAAUUUUUACUUGUUUGCUUGUACUGUCUUCAUUGUGUUGAAUAAGAGGAAAUAAAAGAGAAAGAAAGCAGUCUGUGUUUUAUU